UUUAUACUUUUUAAAACAGAAAAAUAAAAGUGAUAAUUUGUAAAUGGCGCUUCUUAUAAAUAGCUGUAAUCAUCUCGCGUCAUAUAUUUUGGAAAGUUCUGAUAGAUUUUUUUACGAUUUAGGUGUGUCAAUAGCGAAACAUCCAUGGAAAACUAUUCUAUAUUGUUGGAUAUUUGUUGCAUUAAGUGUAGUAGGCUUAGUACGGUUUCGUCAAGAGAAAAAUCCUCUAAAUUUGUGGGUGCCACCUGAUUCGAAUUUUCAUAGUGAUACAUUAUGGUUAAUGGAAAAUUUUAAAACUGCGAUACGUCCACAAACUGUUUUAGUCACUGCGGAAAAUGUGUUAACACCAAAUGUUUUACGACAGGUGGCCGAGCUAAGUCAAAAGAUUAAGAAGGUUCAGACAAGUAAUGGCAUGGUUAAAUGGGACGAUGUUUGUUUUAAAGCACCAAUGUUGGAACUAUCUUUUGCAGAACGCUCAAAAAUUGAUCCCAAUGAUGAUAACAUAACAAAUUUUUUUGACGAAUUCGAUCCUAGCGUAGAUUUAAAUAUACAUCUUUACUGUGCAAUCCUAGACAAUAUGAAAUUAGGAUGUAUCGAAUGGAACAUUGUUGAUAUUUGGAAAUAUGAUCCAGAAAAAAUUAGCGAAUUAACAAAUGAAGAUAUUAUUGACGAUAUUAAUUCUGUAGCAAUUAGUCCUGUGUCGGGACAUCCAAUGAAUUAUUCCUCUUUACUGGGUGGUGUCAAACGUAAUUCAACUGGUCACAUUAUAUCAGCGGAAUCGUUGGUAGCGUUAUGGAUGGUUAAUGUAAAUUUUGAGGAUGUAGAUAUGAAUGUUGCUGGAAACGAUGCUGGGACCGCGGAUUGGGCUUCAGAAUCAUCUUUGAAAUGGGAAAAAGCAUUUUUAAAUACAAUGGAAAAAUUAUCGAAAAAUGUUACUGAUGACGUCAAAGUUUUUUAUGAAGCAAGUCGAAGUUUUGGAGAUGUUAGCGGAGCGACCAUGUUUCAAGAUAUUGAUAAAUUAGCAAUUGGAAUUACCUUAAUGGUGAUUUAUGUACAAUUAGUAUUAUCAAAUUAUAAUUGGAUUGAAUUUAGGGCAAUUUUAGGUGGAUUUGGUUUAUUGUGUGUUGGAAUGGCUUUUAUAUCAGCCUGUGGAAUUUGUUCGUUAAUUGGAAUAUCAUACGGACCGGUACAUACUUCAUUACCAUUUUUAUUAAUGGGAUUAGGAAUUGACGAUAUGUUUGUCAUGAUGGCAAGUUGGAAUCAGCUGGAUCAAUUGGACAAAGUUGAUCUAAACAUUUGUAUUGGAAAAAUGUUACGUCAUGCUGGUCCUUCUAUAACGCUUACUACAUUUACAGAUGUACUUGCUUUUAUAAUUGGAGCUUCUACGAUUUUACCAUGCUUACAAUCAUUCUGUUUUUACGCUGCCGUUGGUGUUUUUCUAACUUUUGUAUUUGCUGUAACAUUCUUCACAGCGUGUUUUACGUUAGAUCAGAAACGUAUUAAAAAUGAUUAUAAUGCAUUUAUUUUUUGUUACAAACAUCCUGAUUAUAAGUAUCCAGCAUGGAGUCAACGGAAUUAUUCUUCAAGUAUUUUUGAAGCUGUUUAUUCUAAAUUUAUUUUAACGAGACCAGGAAAAGUAUUAGUAAUUUUGAUUACAUUAAUUACUUUUGGUGUAAGUUUACAAAGUGCGAUGGAAUUAGAACAAAGAUUUGAUCCAUAUUGGUUUAUACCAGCUAAUACAUAUUUACAUGCCUAUUUGAAAGAACGGAAUGAGUACUUUCCACAAAUGGGAUAUGAAGGCAUUGUAUUUUUUGGAAAAUUAAAUUAUUCACAUGAAUUUAUGAACAUACAUAAUAUGGCGUUGAAAUUGAAAGAACGUACGGAUAUCGUUAAUAAUGUGGAUACUUGGACUGUACCAUUUAUUGAAUACGCUAAAGCUUUAAAUGCAGAUUUCAAACCAUAUAAUAUGUCAGACGAAAUUUGGAGCGAAUACAUCGGAAAAUUUUUAUACAGCCCUAGAGGUGCACGCUAUCAAAGAAAUUUUCGUUUUGAAACUGAUCUACUUUGUGGACUUCCAGCACCUCCAACAACAGUUGCUGGUUUUGAGUUUCGUUUUAAUAUUUUUAAAGGACCUGAAGAAACAUUACCAGCAAAACAAGCCGUAGAAAAUAUAGUUCGGAACAAUAGCAUAACAACAGGCGAUAGAUUUGCCACGGUUUGGGCAAAAAUUUUUGGUAGUUGGGUUACAGAUGAGGUGAUAGAAGUUGAAGUUAUAAGAAAUUUGAUGCUUGCAUUGGCUUGCGUUAUGUUUUGUACCGUGAUACUCGUUACAAAUUUACAAAUGUGUGUAUGGAUAUUUGUAUGUGUAUUGCUUACAAUGAUUAAUGUUUGCGGUUAUAUGCAACGGUGGGGUUUGACUAUUGACUUAGUUGCAUGUAUUGGAUUAGAGUUGGCAAUUGGAUUAUGUGUUGAUUAUGCAACGCAUAUAGGACAUACAUUUUUAACAAAUACUACGGGUAAUCGCAAAAGUCGAGCAAUUGCUACUGUUUCAUAUGUUGGUAGCGCUGUCUUUUAUGGAGGUGGAUCCACAUUAUUGGCUCUGUCUAUGUUAAGUCAAUCUGAGGCAUACGUUUUUCAGUCAUUUUUUAAGAUAUUUUUCCUGGUCGUGGUUUUUGGACUAUUCCACGGUGUUGUGUUCUUGCCUGUAGUUUUAAGUAUAAUUGGUCCGCCGCCUUAUCAAUAUUUACGUAUGCCUCAAUCUAAUGAAGCUCAAAAAGAAAUGGAUAAUGAGGGUUCUGAUGCAUUCGAAGGAGUGCCAACAAUAGAAUUAAAAGAAAAUUUUGCGUAAAUAUUUCGACACAACUAGCACAUUAUAUGACAAUCAAUUUUUUAUUUAUCUCUUUUUUUAUACAUUUUGUAUUUUAUUGAUAUUAUUUUCUGUACCCUGUGAUAAAAUAUUCUUUACUUGAUGAUGUGUAGUAGUUAAGAUUUUUCUGAUUAGCCUUCUUGCCAAUGGUGGAUUUAGCUUUUUGCUGCUAUAGGCUGAUAGCUUCAUACCGUCUUACCCACGCAAGUAGGGUUACAAACUUAUAUCUCCCAAAAACUAAAAAUUCUAAUAAUACUAAUAAAUUCGGUUAGUGAAUAAAAAAACUCUUAAUAAUGUGAGUCAUUUUUUAGGACCUUUGGAAAAUGAUAUGUUUUUUAUGAGCUACUGUGUUCCUUUUAAGUUUUAAGUUGUUUCCAAACAGGGUAAACUAGUGGCUCGCUUUCUUUUGCGAAAAUGUGCUUUUAGUUUGACAUUAAUUAGUCAAUCUGAAGAACGGAGAAAAUUCAUUAUGCUCCGGUGUAAAACGGGAGGGUUGACAACUGCACUUGACAAAUAUUUGACAAAAUAAAGCAAAGGAGGUCUACAAUUUAAUGCAAAUGUAAUCAAUGAAAACUUAAGUAUGAAGCUUACAUCAAUAUUGUUUUGUUUACCGUUAAAAUUACCGCUUUAAGCUAAAACCACCUGCUCAGUCUAUACCAAAAUCCGCCUCAGUUUAUUGCACAAAGUUUUAUGAUAUUUCCAAUAAUUUUCAAUAAAGACUGUUAAACAUU